AUGCAUCCUGUUCAGUAUCCGUCCCACCUGUGGCAACCCGUCUCCCAUGUCCCAGAGACCGGCCAUGUCCCCUUGGACGAUGAACUCCAAUUGCUCAACUUUGCCGAUGAUUUUAGCCUUGAGGCUGUAAAACAGCUCUCGCCGAUCCAACGAAGAAUCCAAGCCUUCGGCGCAACCAUGGAAGAGAAUGACUGGAUGGAAUCACAGCAAACAGUCAUUGUCUCGAAAUAUUUCCGCAAUACCAAAGACGCCACGUACUUCAAAUCGGUGCGCGACACCGAACGCUGGCACUCUGUCAAGGACGAUCCGGCUUUUGCAGACAUUGCUACUCACGGAGCGAUAGUGGCAUUUGAGGAGCUUUACCAGCGCAAAGCGGACGCCAUCGUUUCACGCUACAGCGUGGCCGAAGCUUACCACCGUCGCCAAUCGAACUCAUCCGCAGCCGACGAUCAAGAUGGGGAUCAAAAUUUUCCACCACAUCAAGCGACUGGGAUUGGCCUGUCUAAGGAGCAAGAAGAACGUCUGGCUGCUCUCGGAGUGACUGGUGAUCCCAAACCAGUAACUCACAUUCGCAUUCCCAAGAAAGAAGAAUGUCGGAGCCGGUCGCGGUCACCCGAAACGACAAGGCAGCCGAAACAAAGUGCGAGCUACCGUCAGCGACGCAAAAGCCUCGGGGUGGCGAUGUCCAGCAAUGAGAGUGGGAGAAACGACGUCGAGCUGGGAUUCCAGCAGCGAGAUCAGGAGAACCAGAACAGAGGCCAAGGCCAGGGAUGUAAAAAGACGGAAGAAAAGAGCAAACAGCAACAGCAGCACAGCCGCAGACCAUCCAGAAAAACCACCCGACGCCAACGCCAACGCCAACGCCAACGCCAACGUCGGCAAUUGUCACGUCCCCAGUCACCCAAUAAUGCGUCAACAAAGGCCCUCGAAUCUAGCCCCAGAAGAAUCUCCCAAGUGAGAGCUGACCACCAGCACCUGAAGAAACGCAAGGACGGUUCUUCCGCAAAAGGCGGCAAGAGUUCCAGCAAAUCUAUUGCACAAUGA